AUGUUGCUGAUUCAAGUUCCCACCACUGCAGCUUCUCGGUUUGUCCAAACCAGGCAAAUGGGGCUUGUUGAGCCUGUUCAAGCACCACUGGACGAAGACCAUGGGACAGAUCAAGAUAUCUUUGAAAUCAAUGAAGCUUUAGGCCUGGACCUCUUUGAGGGUGACAUCAAACUUGACGAUGAGGAACCUGGACGGAGCUCCAUUAUUGGCGAGCAAUAUCGAUGGCCCCACACUAUUCCAUAUAACCUUGAGGACAGUCUGGAAAUUAAUGCAAAGGGGCUUAUCCUUAAAGCGUUUGAACAGUAUCGCCUAAAAACCUGUAUUGAUUUCAAGCCUUGGGAAGGCGAAGCAAAUUACAUAUCAGUGUUCAAAGAGUCUGGCUGCUGGUCCUCCGUUGGAAACCGCCGAAAGGGGAAGCAACAACUGUCCAUAGGAGCCAACUGUGACAGGAUUGGGACCAUUCAGCACGAGUUCCUCCAUGCGCUGGGAUUCUGGCAUGAACAGUCACGAUCUGAUCGGGAUGAUUACGUCACAAUAAUGUGGGACAGAAUUCAAGCUGGUAAAGAAUCAAAUUUCAAUAAAUAUGAUGAUAAAACAUCAGAUUUCCUUAAUGUCCCAUAUGACUAUACCUCUGUAAUGCACUACAGUAAAACGGCCUUCAGGAAUGGCACAGAACCAACAAUAGUAACAAACAUACCAGACUUCAUAGAUGUGAUUGGACAGCGAAUGGAUUUCAGUGAAUAUGAUAUACAGAAGCUGAGUCGACUAUACAACUGCAGCUCUUCCUUAACCUUUAUGGAGACAUGCAGUUUUGAAUCUGAAAACGUGUGCGGCAUGAUUCAAAGUACAGAAGAUAAAGCUGACUGGCAGCGUGUGACCCAAGUUUCUAGUGGACCACAAAGUGAUCACACAUAUGGUGGAAACUGCCAGGGAAGUGGCUACCUUAUGCAUUUUAACACUAGUGUGGGUAAUGUGACGGACCAAGCCGUCUUAGAGAGCCGGAUUCUGUAUCCGAAGAGAGCAUUUCAGUGCCUGCAGUUCUAUUAUUACAACAGUGGAAGUGGAAGUGAUCAGCUGGGUAUCUUCAUCAAGGAGUACACUGAAACCUACCCUGAUGGUAUUUUAACACCUGUGAAAGUCAUAGAAGGUCCACCUGUGAACUACUGGGAGCUAUACCAUGUUCCUUUGAGUGCUACAAAUAAAUUCCGAGUAGUAUUUAAAGGUGUAAAAGUAUCAAACUCAUCAAAUGGAGGCCUUUCCAUAGAUGAUAUCAACCUAUCAGAAACCCAUUGCCCUCACCAUAUUUGGCACAUAAGAAAUUUCUCUCAGCUCCUUACUGCAGGAAAUGCAGAAAGAUUAUACAGUCCACCAUUUUACUCUCCUAAAGGGUAUGCGUAUCAGAUUACUUUGGAUGUGAAUAGUCCCAGCAAUCCACUUAAUUUAGCAAUAUAUUUCCACUUGAUCACUGGCGCAAAUGACAAUCUCCUUCAGUGGCCUAGUGCAUGGCAGCAAGCCACAAUGGUUCUACUUGAUCAACAAUCGGACAUUCGUCAACGUAUGUCAAAUCUAAUGAGCAUAACUACAGACCCAGACAGAUUACUCUCCACGGGGGCUUACUUUUGGGAUAGGCCAGAUAAAGUAGGAAAUAAUGCUACAUUUCCUAAUGGCACUCAGUUCAUGAGAGGUCCUGGAUUGGGAACAAGUGGCUUUUUAACACAUCAGAGACUUAAAAGUCGUGACUUUAUUAAAGAUGAUGGUAUUUUCAUUCUUACAACAGUGGAAGAUAUAUCACAUUUACUAUCAACUGAAACAACUUUGAUACCCAGCUUGGCUCCAACUACAGAACAAGUGACAACCAACAGUAUGUCCAAUACCACAGCUGAUGUGUGUAGAACAUAUGGCUGUCAAAAUAAUGGAACAUGUGUUGUUGUUGAGAAAAAGGCAACUUGCAGGUGCCUUGCAGGUGUGGAUUGGUGGUAUAUAGGAGAAAAAUGUGAAAAGGCGGGAUCAACGCAGGAAAACACUGUAAUAGCAGUUGCCUCAUCUCUUAGUAUAUUUGCUGUUAUGUUGAUCAUCGCUAUUGUAUCUACCAUCUGCGUUAAAAAGAAAUAUCGCAAACGACUCCAAGCCAGUGCAAAUCUGGAAUUAAGCAAUAAAAAAUCUCCUAUUGUGAAGAACCCUUAUUACUCACAAGGAUCAGACAGAAAAUAG